UCGAAUUCUAUCGAUAGUGAAUAUAAAUGGCUAGCUCAAAGUAACGAUUCAACGUAUCGAGGACUAGACGAUUCAAUCAUAAUUAUCGAAUUACAAAGUAUUGUCAGAGUCGUCCCAAUUGUUAUCUUAUACAAUGAAGACAAUAUCAAUAUAUUAUCUUCUAUUUUUAUUCGUGAAAUUCUUUAUAAAUAUCAAGGGCAUUGGAAGUUAAGAAGCAUCAAAUAUUCCUACAAGCAUCCUUCGGAAUUUGCGCUACUAAAAAUACCAGAAAUGAACUUUCCAAUUUACAAGUUAUACAUCAACCUUUAUUACAACAAUUUUGGAACGUAUCGCAACAUCUAUCACUCACUUGAGGGAAAUGACUUAGCUGAAAUUAAAAGACAUGGUGCUUUAAGAGGAUGCCGUACAUGUAAUAUAAUGAGAGAUUCUUGGACUUCAGAUGAUCUUGAUUUAUCAAUGGUUUCCCGUUAUCACCAUCUUACCAAUAGUCAAUUUGAAGAAAUUUCUUCAGCACUAAUAUUAAAAGGAUGUAAGGAACUUGCCACUAAAUAUGGAUUAUAUUUACAACUGCCAAUACUUGAUAGAUUAAAAAGAGAGAGUCACCACAAGAUGUCUAUCAUCUUAUAG